AUUACUCAAGGCUUUAAACCUCGGCGCAGGUUCCCGGAUGCUGUGCGUUAAGCGGACGGACUGCGGUAAGGAUGCGUUGGUUAGCGCUGUCGGUUCUUGCGGUGUGGCUUUGCGCGUUUUCCAGCGCUGCCGGAGAGAGCACGGGAGUUAAAAAGAUGAAGAUGCAGUUCGCCACCGGGCCACUUCUCAAAUUCCAGAUCUGUAUCUCCUGAGGGUACAAGCGGGUGUUUGAGGAGUACACGCAGGCUCUAUACCAGCGGUACCCAGACAUCCGCAUUGAGGGAGAGAACUAUCUUCCUCUGCCUGUUUACAGGUAUAUUGCUUCCUUUCUGUCUAUUUUCAAACUGCUGCUGAUUGGAGUGAUUGUUGUGGGGAAGGACCCAUUCGCUCUCUUCGGUAUGCAAGCACCAGGACUUUGGGUUUGGAGUCAAGAAAAUAAGAUAUAUGCCUGUAUGAUGGUGUUCUUCUUCAGCAAUAUGAUUGAAAACCAGUGCAUGUCUACAGGUGCUUUUGAAAUCACGCUCAAUGAUGUUCCGGUGUGGUCCAAGCUGGAGUCCGGUCACCUGCCUUCCAUGCAGCAGCUGGUGCAGAUCCUGGAGAAUGAAAUGAAGCUGAAUGUGCACAUGGACAGACUUCCACACCAUCACUCCUAACCCUGCCUCCACCCCACCUCCUGGAGUCUUGGACCCUCCAUGUUUGAGGUGGGGCUCUCCUUCUACGGUUGCGAGGCGACAUUUAUGAAGGUCUGUGCUGAAAGUAGAGGAUCUACUAGCGCAGGCUGGAUGUCCUGCUCGUUUCUCGCCAUGCCCCUCUGGAGAUGCCCCGCCCACAGAUACUGGCUUGGGGUCCAUGGCAACAGUGGUGGCUGUUCAUUACUACUGAAGCCCAUAAGCUGUGCAAUAACCAUUCAGUUCAGGAUUAACAUAUGGAUCAGGGGAGUCUGCACUAAUGAGUGUGUUUAGGUUGUGGUGAGCUCCUUCCAGCAUUGCUGCCACUGAGGGGAUCCAGCAGAGUCUCUUCCUUUCUUCCUUUUAAAUUCCAUUACAUGUCUAAAACAUGGUCUUUGCAUUGUUUAUCAAUAGAUAGAUGUUCUAACUUAUUGCCCUAAAUGACCCAAUCAUGGCUAUUUAACGUGAGACAGAGUGCUGGUUAUUUUAUUGAUCCUUCUGUACUUUUGUAUUUGUUUCUAUAGCCAACCAUGUUAACUCAAAAUGAUAAUAAAAUUAACAUUCUAACAAAAA